AUGGUCAAGAAGCGCGCAUCCAACGGUCGCAACAAGAAGGGCCGCGGCCGUAAGGAUACUACAAUCUCACCACCCAGGUCAUCUACUAACAGAUGCUAUUUAGACGUCAAGCCAAUCCGCUGCUCCAACUGCUCGCGAUGCACACCAAAGGACAAGGCGAUCAAGAGAUUCACCAUCCGCAACAUGGUCGAGUCCGCCGCCAUCCGUGAUAUCUCAGACGCCUCCGUCUUCGCCGAGUACUCUGUCCCCAAGAUGUACUUGAAGCUCCAGUACUGCGUUUCCUGCGCCAUCCACGGAAAGAUCGUUCGUGUCCGCUCGCGCGAGGGUCGCCGCAACCGUGCUCCACCCCCUCGUGUCCGCUACAACAAGGACGGCAAGAAGGUCAACCCAGCUCAGACCGCCCAGAAGCCGCUCGGCGCCCAGGCUGCCGCAUAG